CUGCUCCCUGGUAGGGCAGGGGUUAAUGAUAGAUUGCAACACAUCUUUGGGCUGAGUCACUUCCCACUGCCACCCCUCAUUCUCCUCAGUUGAAGUUUUAUAAAGAGGGCUGAGAAGUGAAAAGUUCUGUAGGCAAGAGCCCCUUGCCUAGCUCUGCUGUCUCAGGCUCCCAGAAAUCUGAGGUCAGAGAGCACAGACAGCCUCUGGAGCUCUUGUCUGCUGGGACCAUGUGCUGGCAGCAGCUGUGGCUGGGCUUCCUACUCCCCAUGACAGUCUCAGGCCGGGCCCUGGGUCCUGCAGAAGAGUCAGCUGUGGAUUACCUGUUGCAGUAUGGGUACCUGCAGAAGCCUCUAGAAGGACCUGAUAACUUCAGGCCAGAAGAUGUCACAGAGGCUCUGAGAGCUUUUCAGGAAGCAUCUGAGCUGCCUGUCUCAGGUCAGCUGGAUGAUGCCACAAGGGCCCGCAUGCGGCAGCCUCGUUGUGGCCUGGAGGACCCUUUCAACCAGAAGACUCUCAGAUACCUGUUGCUGGGGCGUUGGAGAAAAAAGCACCUGACCUUCCGCAUCUUGAACCUGCCCUCCACUCUCCCACCCCACAUAGCUCGGGCGGCCCUGCUCCGAGCCUUCAAGUACUGGAGCAGUGUGGCCCCCCUGACCUUCCGGGAGGUGCAAACUGGCUGGGCUGACAUCCGCCUCUCCUUCCAUGGCCACCAAAGCCCAUACUGCUCCAAUACCUUUGAUGGACCAGGGAGGGUGCUGGCCCAUGCUGACAUCCCUGAACUGGGCAGCGUACACUUUGAUGAAGAUGAACUCUGGACGGAGGGAACCUAUCGGGGGGUGAACCUGCGCAUCAUUGCCGCCCAUGAACUGGGCCAUGCCCUGGGACUUGGCCACUCCCGAUACACCCAGGCGCUCAUGGCCCCUGUCUAUGCUGGAUACCGUCCCUACUUCCAGCUGCACCCAGAUGACGUGGCAGGAAUCCAGGAUCUCUAUGGAAAGAAAAACCCAGAGACAAGGAAUGAGGAAGAAGAGAUGAAGGUGCCCACUGGACCCCCAGUGCCCAGAGAGCCCAGUCCUAUGCCAAACCCCUGCAGUGGUGAACUGGAUGCCAUGAUGCUGGGGCCCCAUGGGAAGACCUAUGCUUUCAAGGGAGACUACGUGUGGACUGUGACAGAUUCAGGGCUGGGCCCCUUGUUCUUAGUGUCUGACCUUUGGGAGGGGCUUCCAGGAAAGCUGGAUGCUGCUGUCUACUCUCCUCGAACACAGUGGAUUCACUUCUUUAAGGGAGACAAGGUGUGGCGCUACAUUAAUUUCAAGAUGUCUCCCGGUUUCCCCAAGAAACUGAAUAAGGUGGAACCCAACUUGGACGCAGCUCUCUAUUGGCCUGUCAACCAAAAAGUGUUCCUCUUUAAGGGCUCUGGGUACUGGCAAUGGGAUGAGCUGGCCCCAACUGACUUCAGCCGCUACCCUAAACCAAUCAAGGAGUUGUUUACUGGAGUGCCAAACCAGCCCUCGGCUGCCAUGAGCUGGCGAGAUGGCCGAGUCUACUUCUUCAAGGGCAAGAAGUACUGGCGCCUCAACCGGCAGCUUCGAGUAGAGAAAGGCUAUCCAAGGAACACAGCCCACAGCUGGAUGCACUGUCACCCUCACACCCCGAGCACUACCGCAUCAGCGGGGGACAUCACUCCCUUGGCCACGGAUGCCCUCUCCAACACUGACACAGUCUUGGACGUUACUUCUUCAGUGACAGACGCCACCACACUUUCACCACUUGCUCAUGUCACCUUUCCAGAGGCCUAAGACCAAAUCACAUGUCUGUUUAUUAGAA